UUUCUUCACUGCAGAGUAGCAUUCCAUAUGGCAACAAGACAACAGCAACAAGAUGGCGGCGUAGUGAGAGCUGUAAAACAACUGUUUGUAUUAGGUUUAUGAAUAUACCACGAUUGGAAAAUGGAUAUUUUCGGUUCAAUGUUCUCUAGGCGUUUGAAAAAAGACCCAGCUGACGAUUCAGGAGAAGAAAAAGAAAAGGCUGAUAAAAAGGAAAGACCUCUACCUGGAGAUGCCUCCAUGAGAUUUGAUAUAAACAUAGAGGAAGGGGAAGCUGUCCUGGAUAAAACUGACAAUGAUGAUGAUGAUGUGGACUUGUCUGUUGACGAAGACUUGGAGGAAGAGGAUCUAGAUGAAGUCAUUGGAGACUCUGAUGAUGAAAGAGAAAAACGCUGGAGACCACCAACCAUUAAGAAUGCCAGACCUCCACAUCCUCUGACUGUCACACAUGUAAAACAAACCCUAGACCUACAGAGACUUCAAGACAUAGCAUCUGCAGCCAAUGCUGAGAACCAGCAUUCUGAGGAAUGGCUUCAGACCCACAGCAUUGCUUAUCUAAAACUGAGUUUAAAUGAUUUGGUGGACAAAGGGAAGAUUGGCCGUCUCCAUCCUGAUCAACAAACUGGAAAGGUCACUCAGCAUAUCCAGUUUGAUGCAUAUGAUGUCAAUGAAUUUGAAUACAAGCUCAAUGUUGCCAUCGAGUUAUACACCAAAAGAAUCAAGUGGCUCCUUCAAGGAAGUAAAAGAAUUUUUGGUCAUUUGAUGGGAAAGAGAGUUGCUAUCUGCGUUGAUACGUCUGAUGCCAACAUGGGGUUUGGAAGGCAAACAGCUUUUCAAGAGUCUCUAUUGCACUUGAUUGAUGAGCAGCUCACAAGUAAAACAGGAAUAUACCUGGUCAGUUUUGGCACAGAAAUGGCACCACUAUGGCCUGUUGUCAGGGAUGUGAACUAUCACUUGAUGGAAGAAGCCAAAAUUUGGGCCUCUCAAUUGCGAAGCACCGGGGGCACCAACCUGCUCAAAGCAAUGAAACAUGUCAUGAAAUUGCCAGACGUUGACACAGUUGUCCUGGUCUUGGGAAGCGUGCCCGACCAGCCCUCAGAACUGUUAUGUGACUACAUCUAUCAGAUGGGAGUAGGGAAAGGGGUCACCCUGCACACUGUGGCCUAUGACUGCAGCAACAACCAGACCAAUGUGACACUGAAGAAACUGGCUGACUCCUCUGGUGGCCGCUACCAUUGUUACACAGCUAGUUGUGAGUGGGAGCAGAAGGAACAAAUCUACACUGGCACAGACAUCAGUCUCUUGUUGAUGGAGAUCAGAGAGGCACAGGAUGUCAUCAACAAGAUCAAAGAGAUGAGACAGGGCAUGAUGGGAAAUGCUAUCAUCAGCAUAAUGAAUGAGAUCACCACUGAGGUGUCUAAGCUGCCUCAGUCCAGGUUUCUGCCCCGACCUCCAGGUCAUGACUUGCCUCUCCGUGUAGAUGUGCCAAACUUUCACCCUCGAACCUCACAGGAAUGGUUGCAUCAGCAUGGUCUGAAAGCUAAGAAACUGGACUUGUAUCAGGUGCUUGCCCCCAAUGCCUAUUCCUACAGAGAGGAGUUUGUGCCUGUGAUCAAGAAAGCUGUCCAGUCACAAGUUCACGAGAAAGCUAUGGUUCAGUUUCCUUGGAAAGAUGGAUCCUUGAAGAAUCUCCACGUGGACAUGACUGCUCUGUUUGAGUACCAGAAACAGCUGAGUGAUGCUGUCAUGCUGUACGAGAAAAGGGUGGACUGGCUUGCUUCAGGCAGCAGAAGAAUCUUUGGCACUGUCACGGAGAAGAAUGUUGUUGUUCUCAUUGACACUUCUGUGAGCAACAUCAACUAUCUGGUCCAUAUCCAACAUUCCAUGAGACUUCUGAUGGAGGAACAGAUAGCCAACAAAGAUUACUUCAACAUCAUUGCUUUUGGAAGCCAAGCAAGACAGUUUAUGCCCACAAUGGUGAGACCCACACCAGAACAUCUUCAAAAAGCCUGGAAGUGGAUUCUGGAGCUUCAAUGUGGUGGCAGCCGAAACUUUCUAAAUGCGUAUAGGAUGGCUGUUGAGAAUGACGAGGAGAUCAAGCAUCACAUCUUUGUGCAAGGAGCGUACCUAUUCACCAGCGGCGUGCCUGACCAGAUGUCGGAGGUUGUGGCGAGCUACAUCGAGGAGGCCAGCACUGGUCGUGGAGUGAGGCUACAUUCCAUCUUGUUCAAUGUGGAUGACUAUGAUGCCAAUGGAGCCAUCCCUGGCCGCUAUGCCAACAUCACUCGCACUGCUGAAUGCCUGCGCAACAUGGCUCAUAUCACAGGUGGAAGGUUCCACUGGUUCAGAGAAACAGGGAAUCAGCAUGAGCUGUUUGGUAAUGCUGGAAUCAUUGAGAAUGAUGACAUACAGUAUGUCAACUCAGAAAUUGAUAAGGCCCUCAACUUCUCCCGCAAGUGUGCAAUGCUUGUGGAAUCUGUCAAGAAAAAAUAUCGAAAUAGAUUCCUUCACCACCCAGAGAUGAGAGCCAUAGAGAGCAGGUCCUCACAGAGACACUUGAACUGCAUCCCAGCCCCUGAGGUGCCCCCACAGUUCUCUGCUCUUCCUCCGCCAGGUGCUCAAGGAGCUGUGCAGCCAAGAUAUGCCAAUUAUGGCAGCUCCAGCAGACAGGUGGAGGAAGGUACAGACAGAUCUCCACACCGGGCCAUUUCCUGGCGACCUUCUAGCGCAUCAAGCACAGGAAGUUCCCAGGAUUCGAAAACAGCGCACAAACCUUUGAGUUUGCGUCAAAGACCAUCAUCCGCUAGAGACCCCAUGCAAAGAUCUCGUAACAUCCGCCGCACAGCAAACCAGGUCUCCACACAGCACUUUUUCUUAGACAAGAAACAUUCAACUGGCUCUGUGAUCAACAAGUUUACUGGCCCCAAGCCUGUCAGAAAACAAGUCCCUCAUCUGAUUAUCCCUGAGCAAGAGGACUCAAUCACAAGCAAAGAGUGGCUACGUGUCUACAGUCUUUCAAAACUCAAACUAGAUCUCAACAGGAUGGUGUCUGGUCCAGACUGCAAACAUGAGGAAAAGAAUGUCAAAAUUUUGCACAAGAACAUCACAGCCAAAGUGUACCCUGACGUUUUCCCGACUGUGAAUGUGAAGGGCACCAUGAAGUACAUGCAGCUCCUGCCUCAUGAACUCAAUGACUACGAGCUGCAGCUGGAGAAGACGCUCAGGCGCUAUCUCAAGAGACUGCAGUGGCUGCUUAGCGGCAGCCGCCGAGUGUUUGGCACAAUGGUGCACAAGAAAGUGUCAAUCCUCAUUGACACCUCUGGAUCUAUGGAGCCCAGGAUGGAAGAACUGAAGAAGGAGUUGGCCUCUCUGGUGUGGGACCAGCUACACAAACAGAGCAUUGAGUUCAACUUCAUCCGUUUCUCUGGAAAUUGUACAGUAUGGAGAGAUGCAAUUCAGUCUCCUACUGAGAGUAAUUGCCAUGAUGCCAUUCGCUGGGUGUCUCAGCUCAUGGCUAGUGGGAACACAUGCACCCUGGAAGCUCUACAGCUGGCAUUCCGGGACCCUGACAUCGACGCUAUUUAUCUGUUGACUGACGGAAAACCAGACACUAGCACCUCCCUGGUGCUGAGGGAAGUCUCUAAGAGGAAUGAGAAGAGGAACAUCAGUGUCAACACUAUCUCUUUUAACUGUACAGACAGCACGGCCAACAACUUCCUGCGUCUCCUGGCAACUGAGACCGGUGGGAGAUACCAUCGUAUCCAUGAUGACUUCGAUGCUCAACUGUUUGUACACAAACUUCUUUCGGAGGGUUUCAAAGACUGUGAGUAUCCCCAUCUGCCGACAUUUGAGGGAGAUGAUCUACGCAAGCUGGGAGCAGAAAUUAGCCAAGCUCGGAAGUUUCUGCAGCAAGCCAGAGUUUACAAAGCUUUGUACCAAGCCAAGGCCACGCCCAGCGUAGAGCGACCGUCUAGUGCAAAAGGAGCGGCACCAUUUGUGGUUGGCAAGCCAAGACCUGCCCCACCCACCAAGAGCUGAAUCUGCAACAAACAUAGACUUUUUAAAAAUAUCAAUUCAAUGUUCUUUACUCCCGUGUACACAUGCUCACUGGAUUUCUUUUGAAUAGCAGCUUCCAACAGUAGGCAUGUCGAGUGUCCAAAGUACUUGGUCCGAGAAUGUGACCUCCCAAAUUUAAAAAUUCUUAUUCACAUUUAUCAGAAAUGAAGAUGUAUAGUUCUUAUACUAAUGUCUCUGUCAAUCAGGUUAUUGAUGGAUAUACAGGGUUGUGUGUUCUUCAAACAGAUCGUGCUUUUUAACUCAUAUAAAAUCCAGUGAAAUAUUUUCAUGCGAUACCCAAGUCACACUCAAUGAAAGUGUGUACAUUAUUCUAUAUUUUGCGUACUAAAACUCUCUCAUCUUUUACUGUCUUUUAUUUUUACACUGACAAGUUGCAAAAUGUUUUGACAUAAAUAUAAUAUAGUUUAUUGUGGGAAAAUGGGCUAAAGAUUUGUUGAGAUGGUCUGAAUUUUUUGUACAGAUAUGCGUUUGAAAAAAGCUUGAUGUUUCAUGUUACCACAAGUGUAAAAAAAACUUUUUAACAUUUCAUCUGUUGUAAAUUAAAUUGUUCAGUGGUAACACUUCCUUGGUAAAUCAUAUUUUUGUACAUGUUACUCAUUUUUUAAAUAGGUCUGGUUACAAGACCUUUUCCUUUCUAUAAAAUGUUUAUGUAGUGACAGUUACGGAACAUUUUACAUUGCUGUAGAAUUAGAAUGGUUUCAUUUCAAUUUAGUGAACAGUAACUGUAAUAAUGGUGAUGGGCUAAAAUAUGUAUGAUUUGUUUGUCAUAAUGAGUGGAGAGUACGAGUAUACUAUCAUUUUUUUAAAAAAAGGAAAAAUAAUAGAACUGAUACAUUUAUACUCAUUGAGAGAAAAAGUUGAAAUUCUUAUUUUUAUCCCCUUUUUGCAUCACAGAAAGGUAUUGAUGUAGGUGCAGCAAGUGUCCAAAAAUUAUUUAAAGAGGAUCUUGUUGUUUUUUAAACAAAGAAAAGUUUUUGAUUUACCGUUGAUGUACAAACUGUUUUGUAUAAAAAUCCUCUUCUUGAAACAAUGCUGUGCGGCGUUGCUGGAUACAAGCCUGCUUUAUAGAAAUUAAGAAUGUAAAGGGAGAGCAGAGAAGCAAAAGUUAUCCACCACAUCACCAUACACAAAUGCUUUAAAGGUUAAAAUAAAUGUUAUGUCUUUAAAAUCGAUUAAAUGUUCCAAACCAGUUGAAAUCCUUUGGGAUUGUAUUGGCAGUUGACCUUGAGACUCGCUCUGCAGAAACUCUGAGAAACGGAGAUCUUGAACUCGGAAUUUUGCUCAAGCAGCCUGUCUAAGCUGUCUUGUUUUUCUUCGACUCUUAGUUGCACAGGUGUUUUAAUCCAGUACAUGAGACUUCCAGUCUUUUGAUCCUACCCAGGGAGAGCAAGAGCUUGGUCCUGUAUACUCUAGAAUCAGUAUGAUGUGAAAAAGGGGAAUGAAAGAGUGUUGAUCAUUCAUUAAGUGUAAUAUUGCUACUUGUUCGUCUCUGUAUAAGUGUAAUACAGAUCUGAAUCACAAGAGCAUCAAAUCAUUGAAGCUCACCUUCAUUAAUGUUUUACACUAUUUAUUUCAGGCUUUACGCAACAAUUUGACUAAAGCAGCUCAUUUUCCUCCCACGUGUACCAUGUAGUAAUUGUAGAGGCUUUGUACAUGUUUUGUUUUCCUCAAUCACCUUCUGUUUGCAUGAGCGCUAUGCUCAGACAAUAUUUGAGUGUUUGACCUGCGUAAGUUUGAGUAAAUGCUCAGACACACUUGAAUAUGUGCUUAGAUGUUUGGAAAAGUAAUUUUGUUGCUUUUAAAUGUGACACUGUGAUAGGUUGUUCUAACAAAAUCUUCAAGAUUAAAAGUUUCAGACUAUA